UGCCCAUUGUGUGAAGCUCGCUCCGAAGUUAGUUGAAAUCAUGGUUAAAUAAACGCUGGACAUCAGAGGAAAGCAACCGUGUUUACUUUUAACUAACAAAUAUUGCUAAUACGGAAGUUAUGAACACCAGCAUGCCCGUUUCGACUCGAUUCGACUUCAUUAAAAACAUAUUCCAGUGAAAACAACAUGCCAGGGCUGCUGCCAGGAGCACAGAGCACCUUCUCGCCUUCCUCUUGAAAUAAGAGAAAUAUCCUUCAAAUCGAAACAAUGUUGGGAUUUCUGACGGCUCGACAAGCUGGUGUGGAUGAUCCUCUGCGUCUGAGACGUGUCGAGUCAACAAGAAGGGUCCUCAGUCUGAAGUUGAAUCCUGACAGAGACGUGGACAGAAUCCAUGGAAAUGGCAUCAACACCAUUGAUAUUGAAGCAGUAGAAGGCAGAUACAUGUUGUCUGGCGGAGCGGACGGUGUGAUCGUAAUCUAUGACCUGGAGAACUUUGGCGGGAAGCAGCAGUACACCUGCAAGGCGGUUAGCACAGUAGGCAGGUCGAGUCGGCAUGUGCACAAAUUCAGUGUGGAGACGGUCCAGUGGUAUCCGUAUGACACGGGCAUGUUCAUCUCCAGUUCCUUUGACAAGACCAUGAAAGUGUGGGACACAGAAACGUUGAAGCCUGCUGAAGUCUUUGAGUUUGAGGGCAACGUCUACAACCACCACCUGUCCCCCAUCGCCAGGAAGCACAGUCUCAUUGCAGGUGGUUUUUAUGAACAACCUAAUGGCAGCCUGUUUCUCACAUAAACAAUAACUUUUGUCCUUUUAGGUCACAGGGCAGAGGUGCUGUCUGUGCGGUGGUCGCCCAGAUACGAGCACAUCUUAGCUUCUGCCAGUGCAGACAGCCAAGUGAAAGUGUGGGAUGUGCGUCGGGCUUCUUGUAGUCUCCUCACUCUGGACCAGCACAACGGAGACAAGUCGAAAGCCUCCUCUGAGGCAGUGAACACAGCUCAUAAUGGCAGAGUGAACGGCCUGUGCUUUAGUGGAGAUGGCCUCUAUCUUCUCACCACGGGGACUGAUGACAGGAUGCGACUAUGGAAUAGUGCCACUGGGGAAAACACACUGGUCAAUUAUGGGAAGGUCUGCAACGAGAGCCGUAAGAGGCUUCAGUUCACUGUGUCGCGCGGCUGCAGCCCCGAGUUCGUGUUUGUGCCGUGCGGCAGCUCGGUAGCCGUGUACGCUCUCCACACAGGACAGCUGGUCACCAUGCUGAGGGGUCACUACAACAACGUCGACUGCUGCGAGUUCCACCCAGACUACCAGGAGCUGUACAGCGGAGGGAAAGACUGUAACAUCCUGGCGUGGGUUCCUGUGCUUCGUGCCUCAGAUGUGGAAGAAGAGUCGGACAGUGCAAAUACAGGGUGCGGCAGAACAGCCCUCGUGAACCCUGCCUUUCAGGAUGCAUGGAGCAGCGAUGAAGAUUAAUGACGGUGUUUUUGCAUGUGUUGAUAAAAUGCACAUGCAGGUGUUUGAGCAUGUAAAUGAAAAACACAUGCUUCACUUUGUGUAAAACGACAGGUCGAGGACACCUGUAGGAAAGCUCUCCUGUUUCAUCUUGCAGACAGAGAUGACGGCCUUAAAAUUAAAUGUGUAAAUAAUUGUUUUAUGAAUAAUGUUUCUUUUUGUACUUUUGAUAUAAAAAUAAAUUGUUGUUGUUGUUUUGUUGUUUCAUUGAAUACAAUUCCAGCAUUGUCACGACUAUGAUAUCAAAUUUCAUGUUUCAACACUCUUCAUAACUUGUUUCAGAACAAUUUUGUAUUCUUUAAUAAUUCAUGGUAACCACAAGGGGUUUCUGCCAAAGGUUUUGAAAAUGAUGUCUGUGCGUUCAAUUCUUUGGGGUGUAGAUAGUUGCUUUUUAAAAAAAAAAACUUUUAUGGUUGGACAGCUGGGUCAAAUGCUCAUAAACAUGGCACAGGCGCAUGUUUUUUGGGCUGUCCUUUUAAGCAUCCUAACAAUGUCUGUUUAGUUCCCAUGCACAGGAAUGGAUAGUGUUCUUAGUCAUCAAACAUAUUGGAGACAAAUAAACAUUAUCUUCUUUAAGAUUAUGAAGUUGGGGGAUGACAUGGAUCUAUAUACGUUAGUCAAAUAAGGAAAGCAAGAAGACCAUAAGAUACAAAGGGUAUACAGACACGUUAUUAGCACUGACACAUCUGUUAUAAUGCUGACGCUCAGAACACUUGAAAAUGUCCUCGAGGUUUUGGUUAAAGGGACAUUUAAAGGAGUUUAGACAAAUAUGUGUUAGCGUAUUAAACAGUGUUUCUGCAGCUGAGUGGAGGAGAGACUUCCACACAUGGGAGUAACCAGGCUCUCAGAAACGCACAUUGUGUUGUUGUCAUUCUUUGCUAAGCAAACAUCUCUAUUCUAAAUUAACAUCUCUUUAGAAAGCUCUGUUGUCAGUCCUGCCUGAAACUAGCGAGGAGUAAAACUGAAACCUUUCCCUCAGUCCAAGCCCAUCACAGUGUUACAUAAUGUUUUUGUUACCAUGGGAACUCUCGAACCUGAAUUGGGGCUUCAGAAGUCCCCUCAAAGUUCUUAUCAAUAACAAUAUCGUAUUGCACUAAGGAUGCUAGAAUGAGUAUGGACACUAUAAUAAUGCAGAAUAAUGUGUCUGUUCAUCUGAUCUUAUAAUGAACUAGUCAGCUCGCUGUUUCCAUGUAACCUGAAGUGUCUUGUAUUGUUCUGAUCUUUUCUCUGACAAUAAAAAAGCUCAAACUCA